AUGUUUGAAACUGCUUCAGCAGUUACUUCUGAAGGCGCUUUUGAAACGGAGUCCACAGAAACGACUCAUCCAACUGCGCAGGGGAAUGGCUAUGGUUGCGAUGGAUUGCCUGCGCGGCGUAUAAGACGUGCUAGGAUGGAACAUGCGCAAGAGGAAGAGCAUAUAAAGGAACUGUUACGUAUACCUUUCGUUUCAGAUGAUAUGGGCGCUGCCAUUAGCGCAUGUCUCUGGGGAGCUGAUCUUCAAGAUAGUGUGAGAGUGGUCGAGAUACAUCCCUCGAGUCUCAAAGGACAAUUGCUUGGAAAUCGCCUUUAUGAUCGGUGA